AAUUCUGUUUUACAAAUAAAUUUAGCAAAAUAUGCAUUGAAGGAGUUGAGUGGUUGCGAAAACGAUGAUAUAUCAACAGACAUAAAAUAUGAUGUUUCCGACAACAAUAACAUCCAUCACGAAUCACAAAUAGAUACGAUGUCAGAUGACGGGUAUUUUGAUGAAAUACGAAAAAGAUUUUUACCAAGUCUGAAAGAUCAUGAAAAAGAACAACUUGAUAUAGACAAAUCUCCAAAAGCCUAA